ACUUCAAAGAACAGCUGCAUCAGCAGCAGAGGGAAGUUGGUUUGAAGAAGAAGAAGGUACAUUAAAUUGCCUUCUGUAUCUCUCUUGUGUACAUACUGCGUGUUCUCUUCUCCAAGUAAAUAUCUUCAAUUAUCGUGUAAUAUAAAUUUCAAGAACACAUUUUUAUCGAGUUCUUUUCUUCGAGUGCAACAAUGGCGUCUUUGGUUUCAUCGCCAUUUACAUUACCCAAAUCAAAAAUCGAAAACCUAUCUUCAAUUUCACAAAAGCACCGCCUCCUCCACUCGUUCCUCCCCAAGAAACCCAACUCCAAAAACACCCAGAAGAAAUUCAAAUGCGCCGCCAUCGUCGGCAACGGGCUGUUCACCCAAACCACCCAAGAAGUCCGCCGCGUCGUGCCGGAAAACCCCAUGGGCCUCCCCACCGUGAAAAUCGUCUACGUCGUCCUCGAAGCCCAGUACCAGUCCUCCCUCACCGCCGCCGUUCAAGAACUCAACCGAACUGGCGAGCUCGCCUCGUACGAGGUUGUCGGGUACCUGGUUGAGGAGCUCAGAGAUGUCAACGCAUACAAAUCCUUCUGUAAGGAUCUCGAAGACGCGAACAUCUUCAUCGGCUCGUUGAUUUUCGUGGAGGAGUUGGCGCUGAAAGUGAAAGCCGCCGUGGAGAAAGAAAGGGAUCGAAUGGAUGCGGUGCUGGUGUUCCCUUCGAUGCCGGAAGUAAUGCGGCUCAACAAGCUCGGCUCGUUCUCGAUGGCUCAGUUAGGCCAAUCAAAAAGCCCGUUUUUCCAGCUCUUCAAAAAGAACAAAUCCUCGUCGUCGGCGGGUUUCGCCGAUUCGAUGCUGAAGCUUGUACAAACACUGCCGAAGGUUUUGAAGUACUUGCCGAGCGAUAAGGCGCAGGAUGCAAGAAUGUACAUUCUCAGUUUGCAGUUUUGGCUCGGCGGUUCGCCCGAUAAUCUCGGCAACUUCUUGAAAAUGGUGUCCGGGUCGUACGUGCCGGCCUUAAAGGGGAUGAAGAUGGAAUAUUCCGACCCGGUUUUGUUCUUGGAUACCGGAAUCUGGCACCCGUUGGCUCCGCGUAUGUACGAUGACGUAAAGGAGUAUUUGAAUUGGUACGAUACUCGGAGAGACACGAACGAGAGUCUCAAGAGCAAAGACGCUCCGAUUAUCGGACUCAUUUUGCAGAGGAGUCACAUUGUGACCGGUGACGAGAGCCACUACGUGGCGGUGAUAAUGGAGAUGGAGGCGAGGGGGGCGAAGGUGAUUCCCAUUUUCGCGGGCGGGUUGGAUUUCUCGGGCCCCGUUGAGAAGUACUUUAUCGACCCGGUUACGAAGAAGCCGAUGAUAAAUUCGGUUGUUUCCUUGACGGGUUUCGCUCUCGUGGGCGGGCCCGCCAGGCAGGACCACCCGAGGGCGAUCGAGGCUUUGAUGAAGCUCGACGUGCCUUAUAUAGUGGCGUUGCCUUUGGUUUUCCAGACAACCGAGGAGUGGUUGAACAGUACGUUGGGUCUUCACCCGAUCCAGGUGGCGUUACAGGUGGCGCUGCCUGAGCUUGACGGUGGAAUGGAGCCGAUUAUAUUCGCUGGCCGUGAUCCGAGAACUGGGAAAUCGCACGCGCUUCAUAAGAGGGUGGAGCAGCUCUGUACCAGAGCUAUCAACUGGGGUAAACUGAGGAGGAAAACUAAGACAGAGAAGAGAGUAGCGAUCACCGUAUUCAGCUUCCCGCCAGACAAAGGCAACGUCGGGACCGCCGCGUACCUAAACGUCUUCGCCUCAAUCUACUCCGUCCUAAAAGAGCUAAAAAACGACGGCUACUUCGUUGAGAACCUUCCGGAAACUGCCGAAGCCCUAAUCGAAGACGUAAUUCACGACAAGGAGGCCCAAUUCAACAGCCCUAAUCUCAACAUCGCCUACAAAAUGGGCGUACGCGAGUACCAAAAACUCACCACCUACUCCACCGCCCUCGAAGAGAACUGGGGCAAACCCCCCGGCAACCUCAACUCCGACGGAGAAAACCUCCUCGUGUACGGCAAACAGUACGGCAAUGUAUUUAUCGGAGUUCAGCCGACUUUCGGCUACGAAGGUGACCCCAUGCGGUUGCUCUUCUCCAAGUCCGCCAGCCCCCACCAUGGCUUUGCCGCCUACUAUUCCUACGUGGAGAAGAUUUUUAAAGCUGACGCGGUUCUUCAUUUCGGUACCCACGGCUCUCUCGAGUUCAUGCCCGGAAAACAAGUCGGAAUGAGCGACGCUUGCUUCCCGGAUAGUCUCAUCGGAAACAUACCGAAUGUUUACUACUACGCCGCCAACAACCCGUCGGAGGCCACCAUUGCCAAGCGGCGGAGCUACGCCAACACCAUUAGCUACCUCACCCCUCCGGCGGAAAACGCCGGCCUCUACAAAGGGUUGAAGCAGCUCGGCGAGCUUAUCUCAUCGUACCAAUCGUUGAAAGACAGUGGGCGGGGCGCGCAAAUCGUGAGCUCGAUUGUUAGUACCGCUAGGCAGUGCAACCUCGACAAAGAUGUUGACCUUCCGGAAGAUGGUGCUGAGCUGUCGGCCAGCGAAAGGGAUCUCGUCGUCGGAAAGGUGUAUUCCAAGAUUAUGGAGAUCGAGUCACGUCUACUCCCGUGCGGGCUCCACGUCAUCGGCGAGCCGCCGUCGGCGAUGGAGGCGGUUGCCACAUUGGUCAACAUAGCGGCAUUGGACCGGCCAGAGGAGGGAAUCUUCUCUCUCCCGACUAUUUUGUCUCAAACGCUCGGAAGAGAAAUCGAAGACGUAUACCGAGGGAGUGACAAGGGUAUUUUAAAAGACGUGGAGCUUCUCAAACAAAUAACCGAAGCGUCUCGUGGAGCGGUUUAUUCGUUCGUGGAGCAAUCCACAAACGAGAAAGGACAAGUUGUCGGUGUUGGUAAUAAGUUGACUUCGAUUCUCGGUUUCGGAAUAAACGAGCCGUGGGUCAAAUACUUGUCGGACACGAAAUUCUACCGAGCCGACAGAGAGAAGCUCCGAAUAUUGUUCCAGUUCUUGGGAGAGUGCUUGAAGCUGAUUGUUGCGGAUAACGAGUUGGGUAGUUUGAAGCAAGCGUUAGAAGGGAAGUACGUCGAGCCGGGGCCAGGUGGCGACCCGAUCAGGAAUCCUAAAGUGUUGCCGACGGGUAAGAAUAUCCAUGCGUUGGACCCGCAGUCGAUUCCGACAACCGCCGCCAUGCAGAGUGCUAUGGUGGUGGUGGAUAGGUUGCUCGAGCGGCAGAAGGCGGACACUGGCGGGAAAUAUCCGGAGACGGUUGCGCUUGUGCUUUGGGGUACGGAUAAUAUUAAGACGUACGGUGAGUCGCUUGCUCAGGUGAUGUGGAUGAUCGGUGUUAAGCCGGUGGCGGAUACUAUUGGCCGAGUUAACCGGGUUGAGAUUGUGAGUCUUGAAGAGCUCGGAAGGCCGAGGGUUGAUGUUGUUGUUAAUUGUUCGGGUGUUUUCCGGGACCUCUUCAUUAACCAGAUGAAUCUCCUCGAUCGGGCGGUGAAAAUGGUCGCUGAGCUGGACGAGCCCGAAGACAUGAACUACGUCCGCAAACACGCCCUCGAACAAGCCAAAACACUCGGAGUCGAAGUGCGCGAGGCUGCAUCUAGAAUCUUCUCGAACGCAUCAGGAUCCUACUCCUCGAACGUAAAUCUAGCCGUCGAAAACUCCACAUGGAACGACGAGAAGCAGCUGCAGGACAUGUACUUGAGCCGGAAAUCGUUCGCGUUCGACUCGGAUGCGCCAGGUGUCGGCAUGACGGAGAAGCGCAAGAUCUUCGAGAUGGCACUCAGCACUGCUGACGCAACCUUCCAGAACCUCGACUCGUCAGAGAUUUCACUGACAGAUGUCAGUCACUACUUUGAUUCGGACCCCACAAAUCUCGUGCAGGGUCUUCGGAAGGAUGGGAAGAAGCCUAGUGCUUACAUUGCUGAUACCACCACUGCUAAUGCUCAGGUUCGUACACUUUCGGAAACCGUUCGUCUGGAUGCAAGAACGAAAUUGUUGAAUCCAAAAUGGUACGAGGGCAUGCUAUCGAGUGGCUACGAGGGUGUCCGCGAAAUCGAGAAACGGCUAACAAACACCGUUGGAUGGAGUGCCACGUCAGGACAGGUGGACAAUUGGGUGUACGAAGAAGCAAACACAACUUUCGUACAAGACGAGGAAAUGCUGAACAGGCUCAUGAGCACAAACCCUAAUUCCUUCCGGAAGUUGGUCCAGACGUUCUUGGAGGCUAAUGGAAGAGGGUACUGGGAAACUUCCGAAGAAAAUAUCGAGAGAUUGAAGCAGCUCUACUCUGAAGUGGAGGACAAGAUUGAAGGCGUCGAUCGUUAGUUUUCUUUUUUUUUUUUUUCUUUUUCCGAAUUAAUGCCGACUGAAAAUAACAUUAGUGAUCAUACCUCUCUCUUUCGAUGAAUACGGGGGUUUGAGAAUUUUCACCAAUUUGCCGACUGAAUAAUUUGUGCAUGGCUGGUUGGGGUUUUUUCUUUCUUCAUUGUAAAUUGUAAGAUACUGAUUUAAAUCAAUUCAAAUUUUCAGCAUUUGCUUA